AUGAGGUCGGCCAUGGAUCUUGACCUGGCCAGCUGCAGCGAGGCGCUGUUCAAGUUCGCGGUGUUCGUCCUGGUGCAGGCGCUGGUGUACCUCAUCCUGUCCCAGUCCUCCGACGUCUUCUCCGGCGCCAGGAGCCUCAGCAGCUUCCGUCGCCCGGCGAGGUCCGUCAGCCUCCGCCGCAUGGUCACGCAGCUGCUCACGGAGAUGCCGGCGGGCGGCGAGCUGUCGUCUCCGGCUGCCAGGCUGCGGGACGGGGGAUCCGAUGGUGCAGGCGUGGACGUUGACCUGGAGAUGGAGCUUAUGUUAAUUGGUUGCUCUUUUUCAUCGUGA